AUGCCCGGCCCGUCCAGAACACCCGUCGCCCUCAAGAGGAAGAGAACGGAGCAGCUGCGCGGCAAGACCGCUAAGCGCCCCAAGAAAUUUAUCAAACGCCAGACUGCGUAUCACAGUUCAAGCGAGGACGAGAGCGGCGAUGAGCAGCCGCAAAAAGCUGCUGACACCUAUGAAUCCGCCUCUUCCGAAGACGAAGCCAAUGAUGCGCCUGAUGCUGCCGCCGAUGACGACGAGUUCUCUGACGCCGAGCUCGAGGACGCCGCCGAGGAAGCCUCCGACGACGAUGGUUCCCAUUCGGACAACGACGACGACGAUGAGGACUCUGAUGCUGCCUCCAGUACCGCUCCAGGUCGGCCUAGGAAGAAGCGCAAUGACCCGGAAGCUUUCGCAACAUCGCUACAGAAGAUUUUGGGAUCAAAGCUUAGUACCAGCAAGCGCGCCGAUCCCAUUCUGUCGCGCAGCAAAGUUGCACAUGAUGCCGGCAAGGAGCUGGCGGAGGCGAAACUGGAAGCCAAGGCCCGCCACAAGCUGCGGGAUGAGAAACACGCAUUGCUGGAGAAGGGCCGUGUCAAGGAUGUCCUGGGUGUGAAUACGCCAGAGGUUUCGACCCAGCACAUUCAGGAGGAGGAGCGCCGCCUGAAGAAGACUGCGCAAAGGGGUGUGGUCAAGCUGUUCAACGCUGUGCGCGCCGCUCAAGUGAAGGGUGAGCAGGCUGCCAAGGAGGCCAAGAUGAAGGGUGUUGUGGGUAUGGAUAAGAGAGAUGAGAAGGUCAGCGAGAUGAGCAAGAAGGGCUUCCUUGAUUUGAUUGCUGGCGGUGGAAAGAAGACGGCGGCCGCAUAA